UUGUUGUCAUCGCAUCAGUCAUAACUUUAACAAUAGAAUAAUUAUUUUUCCACAUACUACUAAAUUUCCUCCUAUAAAAAAUCCCAGUACAAAAUUAAAUUUAUUAAAAUAAAAUAAAAUCCAAAUGUACGCGUUUAAAUUUUAAAAUAUUUAUACUGAGAGUAAGUUCAUGACAGAAAAAUUUUUAGUUUUCUCAUCUCAAGUCUGCUGAGAUUUAAAAUAAAGCAACAGAUUAAAUGGUGCUCACAGGUGCCAUGGAAAGAAGAAUAAAAUUAAAAACACUUAAUAGCCACAUAACUUGCAAAAUAUGUCGUGGUUAUUUAAUUGACGCAACAACAGUUACCGAGUGCCUGCAUACUUUUUGUAAAAGUUGUCUAGUUAAACAUUUGGAGGAAAAACAUACAUGUCCAACAUGCCAAAUAGUUAUACAUCAGUCACAUCCAUUACAGUAUAUAAGUUUUGACAGGACAAUGCAAGAUAUUGUUUACAAACUUGUUCCUGAUCUGCAAGAAAAUGAGAUAAAAAGGGAACGUGAGUUUUAUCGAGCACGUGGGCUGCCGUGUCCGAAAGAUGUGUUACCAAACGCUGGUGAUGUUGAAGAUGAAAAAGCCUCGGCGGAUGCACAUGCGGAGGCUGAUUAUCAUCGUGCUGAUGAACAAGUCAAUGUUUGUCUUGAGUGUAUUAGUACUAAUUUAAAAACACUAAAAAGAAGAUUCAUAAGAUGUUCGGCACAGGCUACGAUAACGCACUUAAAAAAAUUUAUUGCCAAAAAAGUUCUAAAUGGAUUAGAAAAAUAUCGUGACAUUGACAUUCUGUGUAAUGAUGAACUCUUAGGUAAAGAUCAUACACUAAAGUUUGUCUACGUAACACGAUGGAGGUUUAGGGACCCACCCUUAAGAUUACAAUACCGACCAAGAAUAGAUAUUUAAGUCAACACAUAUAUUUAAUAACAAUCAAGAGUUAUUUUAUAAUUUAAAUAACUUUUAUUAUUUGACUACUCUUCCAGUUUAUUUUUAUUUCAACGUGAGAUAAAAGACCUAGUACCCGAUUAGGAAACUAAUACUCGAUCAUUACAUGUAUUUGUAUGUCGAUAUUUAGUAAAAUUUAGUAUAUAUAAAUAUACAAAUACAUGAGUGAUCAGGUACUAAUUCCCUGAUCGGGUACUUGCUUUCUAAUCAGGUACUAGGUCUCUUACCUUAUCAUUAAUUAGCAAUCUAAGUACUUAUUGCAUAUUUAAAGACGACGUUAGCAAAUCACCCAAAGUAUUUUUUUUUGCAUUAACAUGAAUUUAAUUAUUUAAUUAUUUAUAUUUUUAAUUAAAUUAAUUAUUGAUUAUUAUUAUUAUUAUUAUUAUUAUUAUUUUUAUGAUAAGUGUGUUUAUAUUUUGUUUAGGGACAAUAGUUUUAAUGACUUGAUUUAUUUUUUUCUUAAAUCAUUUAUUAUUUUAUUUUUGAAAUGCAAUUUAUUGUAAUGAUUUAGAAAAUUAUUUUUUUCAUUUUUUAUCAAUUGACGAAUUUUAAAAUUCAAAAGU